ACUUGUCGAGCGUUGUUGGAUUGCCCACAUUCCAGGGGUUGGGAUUUAAGACCUACGAAAGCAGACUCUCAGUCCUCUAUUCCGUUAUAUCGUGUUGUAGUAUGGAGGUUCUUGUUGUUGGUGUGAGAUUUACGUUACGAUUGCUUAAACGAGAGAACCAAUCUUGUCACCUGUUUCUGUUAUAGUGUUCCUGAUAUCUAAAAUGCCAGCGGAUAAAUCAUAUUCGAAAACCAGCGACUAUCGACGGGCUACAAAACCUCUCAUGGAAAAAAGAAGAAGAGCCCGAAUUAACCAGUGUCUCAACGAACUAAAAACAUUAGUUUUAGAUGCUCUGCACGAAGAUCCAUCUCGACAUUCAAAGCUAGAGAAAGCAGAUAUCUUAGAUAUGUCUGUAAGAUAUCUUCAAAAUAUUCAGAGACAGCAAGUGGCAGCUGCUAUUGCUACGGAUCCUGCCGUGUUUAACAAGUUCAAGGCGGGAUUCAACGAGUGUGCCGCCGAAGUCAGGCGUUAUGUCAGCCAAAUAGAAAUAGACUACAAUCUCCGGCAACGUUUAUUGAGUCAUCUGGGGAACACUAUUGCACGUCUUGCAACUCCCACCACAGGUAUGACCUUCUCUUUCCCAGAAAUAAACUGCUCCCUUUCAGAUAUUGUUCAUCAUCUACAACGUUUGGGAGUCCAGAUACCAAUUGGAAUUCUAGAUACUUCGUAUGGAAACCUGGUGCCACCUAGAACGGUACAGAAUAUUCCCCCGGAAAAAGUCAUUGAUAACAGUAACAAUGAACCAAAAGCUUCUAGUUCGAUUUUAAAGUCUUCAUCAACAUUAACCAAUAUCGAAAAGAUUUUGGAAGGUCUUCCUCUCAUUCCAAGUCGUCUAACAAAUGGAGACAUUGCAUGUUUGCUCCCAAGCAGAGCCCUGUCAUCUGUUCAUAACCAGUUUUUAAAUAGUCUUAUUUUAGAUUCUAGAGCUACGAAUCCUUCAAGUUUCGUAGUUAACACAAGUAACAGCACCACCUCCAGCUACUUCCUUUCUCCCUGGGGCUCUGGAAUAUCAUCCGAAGUUCCACGUAGAAGCACUAGUGUCAGCAGCUCACUAGAUUGCUCAAUUAGUCCUUCUGCAGGCGAUUCUUACUCUGACGUCCUCACAGAAACUUUGAUGGCGCCACCAAAAGAAUCUUCACGUGCAAGUAAUCAUUCGCCAAAAGAUCUUUCACUUUCAGCUGAAGUACGAAAUGGUGUUCAGAGAUCUUCACUGACACCUUCUAACACCUCUGUCUCCUUCGCCACGAAAAUAAGGGGCCAGUCUUUGAUCAAUAAACAACAAUAUUCCGAUUCCUCGAAAAUUGGUAACUUCGUCAACAACAACAACAACUCAGUCGUCGACAGGUCGACCAUCAAUCACAUGGAAAGCUUUCAAGCACAUACUUCCUUGCAGAGUCUUAGAAAACUGACGAGUGGACAUACUGGAUCCUCGAGUGGUUACACAAGUUUCAAGUCCGACAGUUCAAUUACCCACAAAACAAAAAAUCAGGAUUUCAUUAGUGUCCUUUACCAACCAACGGAUGAAGCUGUUUGGCGACCUUGGUGAUCAAAUUUUCGUUUGUGUUGGGUGUUGAUCUCAUUUAACAAUCAAAACAUCUUAUUAAGAAUGCAAAGUUUAAAGAUUUACUCAUUUCUUUGUGUAGUAGCUUUAUAUUUUUGCAGUUAGAAAAAUUGUUUUUCGAACAACCAUUGCGGGUGAAGGGUUCGAAUCCCUGUCAAACCGACCAUGCUUGCCCUUUCAACCAUGGGGGCGUUAUAAUAAGACGGUCAAU